GGCUCCGCGCCCCCCGCCCCGCUCGGUGCCAUGGCGCGGCUGUGGCGGGCGCUGCGGAGGGCGCGGGGCUGGGCGGCCCUGGCGGGGCUGCGGGCGCGGCCGGACAAGUUCGGGGGGGUGAGCGUGGACCUGGGCGAGCUGCGCCAUCCCCCGCGGGUGGAGCGGGCCGCCUUCGGGCGGUGGCUGCGGGAGUCCGUGGCUCAGUGGCGGCAGGAAGGUCGCAUUGCCGUCUGGCUCCGUGUCCCCAUCCUCCAGAGCGGGCUUGUGGCAACAGCUGCUUCCCAAGGCUUUGCUUUCCACCAUGCCGAGCAGGGCUCAUCCACCCUGACGCUGUGGCUGGGAGAGGGGCCCAGCAGGCUGCCAGGGUUUGCCACCCACCAGGUGGGUGUUGCAGGUGCUGUUCUAGAUGAAAGCACUGGAAAGGUCCUGGUUGUACAAGACAGAAAUAAGACUAUAAAUGCAUGGAAAUUUCCAGGAGGUCUGUCUAAUCCAGGAGAAGACAUUGGAGACACAGCAGUUCGAGAGGUUUUUGAAGAGACUGGCAUCAAGUCAGAGUUCAAGUCCAUCCUAAGCAUCAGGCAGCAGCACCAACACCCCGGAGCCUUUGGGCAGUCGGACAUGUACAUCAUCUGUCGCCUGCAGCCCUCCUCCUUCAACAUCAGCUUCUGCCAGCAGGAGUGCCUGAGGUGUGAGUGGAUGGACCUCGAGGAGCUUGUCAGGACAAAAAACUCUACUCCCAUCACCAGCAACGUAGCCAAACUCCUACUGUAUGGGUACAGGGAGGGGUUUGAUAAGAUCGACAUAACCAUGAGGGAGUUCCCAGCUGUCUACACAGGCCUGUUCUACAAACUGUACCACAGGGAGCUGCCCGAGUCCUACAGAAACAUUACAUGAGAGCAAUACAUUUCACAUUUCGUUAGAUUAAUAAUUUAGAAUUAUUACUGCAGUGUUGCACAUUAAAUUUAUUCAUGGACUUCUUUUUAGGUUAUUAUUAGUAAGUAAUUAUUCUCUAAUAAGCUAAGAGAUAAAUUAUUUUUAAAGGUAAAUAUUGCUGCAAGUGUGCAUCAGAUUUGUUUUCCUUUACUCCAUAAAGAAAGCAUAAUGUAAAUAAAACAGCUCUGCAUAGA